UUCACUCUUUAAUCAUCCUUUUCCAUUCCGCUUACUCCGUCACCACUCCUCUCUCUUCUUUCUCUCCCGCCGCCAUCUCCACCGCCCUGUCCUCCACCCUUCGACGGUUCACUUAUCAACUCCCUACUUGCCCACUCUAAACACGAGUUUCAUUCAUACAUCCUCUGAUUUGUAUAACUUGGUUGGAAAAAAAGGAACUCGGAGAUUCUGAUUUCAAAUUUGUAAUUGUUGAAAAUGACGACUUCUGCUACAAGCGCUGUAUAUAUUCAUGUCAUUGAAGAUGUCAUUGAGAAAGUUCGUGAAGAUUUUGUUGGUGAUGGAGGUCCCGGUGAAAAAGUUCUUCAUGAACUUCAAGGACUUUGGGAGAUGAAAAUGAUGCAAGCCGGUGCGGUAUUGCAGCCGAGUGAAAGGCCGGCUGUGCCGAGGACUGCGCCGGGGGCAGGGAUUACGCCAGUUCAUGAUCUGAAUAUGCCUUAUGAAGGUACCGAAGAGUUUGAAACUCCUACUGCUGAUAUGCUGUUUACGCCGACAUCGUUGCAGACUCCAGUUCAGACUCCUUUGCCCGGAACAACAGAAAGUUCAAUGUAUAAUAUUCCUACUGGAUCUACAGAUUAUUCUACUCCAAAUUCCAAUGAAGGUUUAGGUACCCCUAUUGACAUAAAGCUUGGAGCUGGAAGACCCGAUCCAUACAUGCUACCACCUUCAUCAUGGAUGAAUCAGAGACCUACAAUUGGUGUGGAUGUUAAUGUGGCUUAUGUAGAAGGACGUGAAGAGGUGGAUAGAGGAACCUCACAACCAAUUCAGGACUUCUUUACCGGACCUACUGGAAAGAGAAAACGUGAUGAGUUGCCACCACAAUUUCAGGGGGGUGGAUAUAUACCGCAACAAGAUGGAGCUGGAGAUAACUUUGAACUGGAGUUUUUACAAAGCAAGCCUACCGGAAAAGGUGGCACAUUUGAAUUGCAAAAAGGAUGCUCUUCCAAUAUUCCACAACUAGAUGGACCAAUUCCUGAUCCUUAUGAUGACAUUCUUUCCACACCCAAUAUAUACAACUAUCAAGAAGUUGUUAACGAAGACUACAACGUUGUGAACACUCCCGCUCCUAGUGACCUGCAAGCUGGUACCCCUGCUCCCUCUGUCCAGAAUGAUGUCGGUGAUGUAAACGAUGACGAUGAACCACCUCUGAAUGAAAAUGAUGAUGAUGAUCUUGAUGACAUUGACCAAGGAGAAGAGCUUAACACACAACAUUUGGUUCUGGCUCAGUUUGACAAGGUGACACGUACCAAGAGUCGAUGGAAGUGUACCCUUAAGGAUGGCAUAAUGCACAUAAACAACAAGGACAUUCUAUUCAACAAGGCAUCUGGAGAAUUUGACUUCUAAUUUUAUGAGGAUACAGCCGAUGGAGAAUAUCAAUGGCACUUAAAGUUAUCCUAAGUUGCCAUUCAACAUAUGUUAUCCUAUUUUAAUCUUUAGCUAGGUCUUUGAAGGUUGUGGACUAAAUCAACAUUAAGCUGGUAGAAGAUCUUAUCAAUGUGGCUGGCCUGUUGUAUAUAAAGCAAGAACCAUUUUGGCAUGUGAUUCAGAUGGCUAAGUCGGACUAUCGUCAUUGUUAAAUCGAGUGUGAUUUAAUUAGUUAUUUGGACUCCAAACAUUUGGAUCAUCUACUAGAGAGCAUUUUCCCCAGCUCUCUUUUUAUUUUGUCACAUUAAUAUCGUUUUGUAGAUUAGCUUCAAACAUCAUGUUCCGGAUUUCUGCAUUUGUAUCGUGUGGUGUAGCAAUUAGCAUAUUUCUAAUGAUCUAAAUGAAUCUCAUUUAUUCAA